UCUCCAUGGUUACUGCCCCUUAACGGACAAGUGACUAUUGUAUUCAAACGGAAGCUUGUAAAGUACAAGAAGAUGUUUGUUUACCUUAGUAAAAAAAUAGCCAUUCCAAAUGGUAUUCCAUUGAAAUGUAUCGCCUGGGAUAAAGAAAAUGGCUAUUUAGCGUGUGGUGGCGAUGACGGUCUUCUAAAAAUUGUUCGAUUGGAUUCAAAUCAAAAUUCAGUCAAUUCAAGUGGCCAGGCUCAAUCCAACCUUUCUGCCAAUCAAACAUUGGAGGGCCAUAAUGGAUCUGUUAGCAUAGCAGUGUGGAAUGAGACCAGUCAAAAAUUGACAACCAGUGAUCAAAAUGGAUUGAUCAUUGUCUGGGUGUUUUUUAAAGGAACAUGGCACGAAGAGAUGAUCAACAACAGGAACAAAUCUGUAGUGACAGGAAUGACAUGGAAUGGAGAUGGUCAGAAGAUUUGCAUUGUCUAUGAAGAUGGAGCUGUCAUUGUUGGCAGUGUUGAUGGUAAUCGUUUGUGGGGACGUGACCUGAAAAAUGUGCAACUCAGCCAUGUUGACUGGUCACCAGACUCAAAAAUGAUAUUAUUUGGCUUAAUGAAUGGAGAAGUCCAUAUAUAUGACAGUGGAGGAACAUUCAUUAUGAAGCUGAAUUUGGAAGCACCAUGCAGCCUGAUUGCCUUGAAAUGGUUCAAAUAUUCAAUAUAUCCAGAAAAUCCAUCUCUGGCAAUUCUGUUUAGUAAUGGCAAACUACAGUUGAUGAAAAGUGACCAAGACGAGAACCCAAUUAUAGUUGAAACUCAACUAAAACCAGUAGACUGCCAGUGGAAUCAUGAUGGCACAAUUCUGGCUAUUGCUGGCCAUUCUUCAGAUACAAAUCCUAGCCCCACCCAAAACACCAUGAAUUUCUACUCUCCACUAGGAAAAUUGAUUAGAACCAUGAAGCUGCCAGGACAUCAAAUCACUGGUUUAAGCUGGGAAGGUUUCUCUCUCCGUCUAGCAUUUUCUAUAGACUCUUUCAUCUACCUAGCACAGGUCAAGCACGACUACAUGUGGACCUGCUUUUCAAAUACGUUAGUUUAUCACUUUCACAAGCGGAAUAAACCAGAGAGCUACGUCAUGUUUUGGGAUACGAAAAACAAUGAGCGUUACGUGAAACAAGUUCGACAAUUUAUUGGGACUGCUUCCUGUGGAGAUCAUUGUGUGCUAGCAACCAGACUUGAUGAUGAAGAGAUCCAAAUAAGCACUCAAUGUGACUUUGGACUUAUUCUUUGCAAUGCUUUAGGAACUCCCGUUGACAGCAAAUAUGUAAGCCUGGAACCACGCUUAGUGGCCAUGACUUCGAGUCACGUCGUCACCGCUUCUGGAAAUAGCUUCAUGCUCUGGCAUUAUCGAACACCUCGAUCUCAAACCACAAUUGAUAUUGCAGGAAUCAAGCGAGAAAACAAAGAGAAAAUUUAUAGUAUAGAAACCUUCUUGAGCGGUGAACAUUCGCUAUCCUGCGUCACGGCACGGGAUAACGUAUUAAUUUUUGGAACAGACUCUCGCAAUUUGCUUGGAUUUAAUCUUAGUUCCUCAGCUGUUCAAUAUGUUGGUGAUAUUCAACUUGGCUUUGAGCCAACGAAGAUGUCUCUCAAUUCGAACUGCACGAAAUUGGCAAUUCUAGAUCACAAUGGGGUUUUGCACAUACUUCAGCUUGAAGUCGAUGGAGCCUCGUUCACACUUGGCAGUAUUUUGUCGUUUGAACGCCGAGAUGUGUGGGACUUGUGUUGGGCAAUGGACAAUCCGGAACUAUUUGCAUUGAUGGAGAAAACUCGCAUGUACAUAUUUCGAAAUUUGGAACCAGAAGAACCAGUCGUAUGUUCCGCCUAUCUUUGCCAUUUCAAGGAUUUAGAAAUUUUUGCGGUCUCGCUUGGGGAUGUACUGAAAGACCCUGAAAAUCCAUCGAAAGAAGAUUUGGUAGCUAUGGAGACUAAAUCUUUAAGGGAUACUCGUCACCUUUUAGAAAAGGUUGGAACCAAUGAAGCCUAUCAGUUCGUCGAAGAAAAUUCACAUCCGCGGUUGUGGAGGCUACUUGCUGAAUCGGCUCUUCAGCAAUACGAUUUACAAGCAGCUGAAUCUGCUUUCGUCCGAUGUGCUGAUUUUGCGUCGUUGCAAUUGUUGCAUAGGUUAAAAAAUCUACCUGUUGGAUCGGGAAUAAUUAAGGCGGAAGUGGCUGCUUAUUUUCACAAAUUUGACGAAGCUGAAAGCAUCUACUUGGAAAAUGAUAGAAGGGAUUUGGCUAUGGCUCUCCGACGCAAACUGGGAGACUGGGCUCGAGUUUCCGAGUUGCAGAAUGCAGCUACAACGACAGAUUUGGAGAACAAGUCUACAUAUAAUCAAAUGGGCAACUUCUUCUGUGAUAGACAUCAGUACGCCCAAGCCUCUGGCUACUACAAACUGGCGGAAAACAACGAAAAGCUGGUCGAUUGCUACUACAACAUGGAAGACUAUGAAAAUUUGGAGAAGUUGAUCGACAUGUUGGAUGAGAGAGAUCCUCUUGUACCGAAAAUUGCCUCUAUGUUCACUUCGGUUGGACUUUGCGAACAGGCUGUCCAGUGCUACCUAAAAUGUAACCAGAUGAAGGCAGCACUUGAUACUUGUGUUACCCUGCACCAAUGGAACAUGGCAGUUGAACUUUCGCGCCAGAUUCAAGCUCCAGAAAUCGCUUCAAGGUUGGUGUCUCAUGCCGAUCGACUCCUAGAGUACGGCAAAAUUUCUGAUGCCGUAGAAUUAUUCCGCAAAGCCAACUGCCACAGAGAGGCAGCCAACUUACUGUUUCAAGUUGGAGAGCAAGCUAUAAAAAAGUGGAAUGACCCUUUAAAAAUUAAAAAAUUGUUCGUCUUGGCUGCCCUACUCACUGAAGAGGCCAAAAACGUUACGACCCAGAACUCUCUGACUAUGGAACGAGUUUCGAAAUUUCUAGAUGCGCCUUGGCGUCCUGCAGAAGCUUGGCAUUACUUCAUAUUAGCUCAGCAACAGUUUCAACAAGGCAAACUUGUCGCUGUUAUGGCCACUACCAUCAAAUUACAGGAUUAUACCGAUAUCCUCGAUGAAGAGACUGUCUUCUCCAUGUUGGCGUUGGCCAGCGCCCUCAAUAAGUGUUUCAACGUCUGUUCGAAAGCUUUUACUUGCCUGGAAUCUAUUCCUGCCCUUAAUCAUGCGGACCGUGAAAACUACAGCCUUCUAGCACUGGAGAUUUUUACCAAAUACCCACCAAAAGAUGGCCGGUCUAGCAAGAUUGAGUGCCCACACUGCAGUACGGACAUCCAAGAUUGGUCGAACAGCUGCCCAGAAUGUAACAAUCGAUUCGCGAGUUGCGUGGCGACUGGGAGGCCUUUGAUGGAUACUUCGCUAAUUUGGAGUUGCAGAGUUUGUAAGCACAGUGCUGCCGAGCAUGAUGUUGUUACGAGAAAUUCAUGCCCUCUUUGCCAUUCUUCGAUUUAAUACUUCUAAUUCCCACAUAACGUGUUAAGAUUCCUAAUCCGUCCAGAUAUCUAUAUCACCUGUGUCUCAGAUCUCAGAAAUGGAACGUUCCGUUUCUAUUACUCCCGUAAUGAUUUCGAUUGUAUUGAUCAUUGCAAAGGAAAACACACUCUGUUCCGUCCGUA